AUGGAUAAUUUCAAGCAGGUUGAUGGGCCAUGCCCCUCACCACCUGACAAAACUGACGGCCGCAAAAAGCACAGUAGCAAAAGGAAGACCAACAGGGAGGGCAGCAAGCAGGAUGCAAGCAGGAGGGACUCUGUCAAGGACGACGCCGACAACGAGGACGCCGAUGAGAACGCCAAAGACGAGGGCGACAACGAGGAGGAUGUGAAUGAGGACGCCAACGAGGCCGACGAGGGUGCCAGCAGGAACGACGUCGAUGGGAACAGCAGCAAGUCGUGCACACUGGCAACAACCAGAAGCGAGAGCGCCACGCCUGGCCACAGGAGGGGUCCAUGGUCAAGCACCGAGGACAACACGCUGAUGACUCUUGUUACCUUGCACGGCCCUUACAACUGGGUGCGCAUCGCCCACAAGCUGAAGUCUCGUACUCCCAAGCAGUGCCGCGAGCGUUACCACCAGAACCUCAAGCCAAGCCUGAACCGCACGCCCAUAACACCCAGCGAGGGUCGCCGGAUCGAGAGAAUGGUGGCCACCAUGGGCAAGUGCUGGGCUGAAAUCGCGAGGCAGCUGGAUGGCCGCAGCGACAAUGCCGUCAAGAACUGGUGGAAUGGCAGUCAGAACCGGCUCAUGCGUCGAAAGCAGCAGCAUUUAGAAAGCGCCAACGCGGUGAGGGCGGCGACGGCACCUGCAGGAGCACCGGCAGCGACACCGACAAUAGCGUUGGACAUGGCCCCGUCCCACGAAUUACCCGCCGUUCACGGGUACGUGAGUCACGAACAGCGUGCCGACCGAAACGCCUUGGAGUACCAUAGAUGUCCCCGUGUUCCGCUUCUGCCCGCUCCCCACAUUUCCGGGCCGGUGCCAGGUACCCUCUUGCCAUUUAUGCGAAUCAACGGCCAGGGCCAGCAGUUGCUUCCAUGGACAGGCAACCAUCAGCCGCUGUCACCGUCACCGCAUGAGUCGGAGCAGGAGAGAACCGAGUCGGACGCGGGCUCCCCUUCCAACUACACGACUGAACCUCGCCUCGAGCUCCCGCCGCUUCGGGAACGGCCAUUUCCCAGCGGAACGCCCCAGAGGCUGCCAAGCUUGAGCUCCCUGUCGAACGCAACAUCUGCCGCGGCCAAUGGCAUCAAGGCAAUUGGAAUCAAAGCCAGUGGUAUCCGGGCCAAUGGAACCAAGUCCGAGGUCAAGCUUGUGGCCGAGGCGAUCACCAAAGCCAAGGACCGAGUUGGGGACCCCGGAACGUCGCACCCCUAG